AUGGCUGAGAACAACAACAACAACCACGGUCGCGACAACGAGGCCAACGCCGCCCUCUCUCCUGCGAUUCAGCUUCUGGUGAAGGAGAUGGCUGCCGACCCCGACAACGCUCUUAGCGCCGCCGAGGACAUGAUCACGAGAGCCAGAUACAGCCAUGUCAUCCCUGAGUGGAACAAGGCUCGCGGCCUGGAGGACGCCACGGCCUUUAUCUCCUUCAACUCAGCAGACGUUAUGACAGCCGUCGAGGAGAUCAAGAAGAAGCAUGGUGUCGAUUCUGUCACGGGCAUCAUCGUCCCCAACAGAAACUCCCACAGUCGUCAGCAGCCCACCGCGUCUGGCGGCCAGGACGGCGCCACCGUGCCUGUCCAGGGCAACGACAACCAGAACGAAUAG